ACUCGAAAGAAAAAGAAAGGGAACCCGACAGCCAUGCUUGAGGAAACCGGUAGAAAGCUUGGUUUUCUCCUUCCUUUCUUGCUCUAGAACACACCUAGAACCCAAAAAUCUUCCCCCCCUGCUGGAAAAGCCGGAUCUGCCCUGCUCUGCUUUGUCCUUCCGCCGGCUGCUCCUGCUUUGUGGGGGUGAAUUGCUUGGUUUUUUGGAUUUCUUCUUCCAUGCCGCCGGCUCUUCCCCAACCUGCAGUCCAGUUUUUGCUUGCAAAUUCUGCUAGUGUUUUGGCCAAUUCUGGAAGUAGAGUUACUGUUCACGUCGGGUCACUGUUCACCGGCAUUACUGGUUACUGUUCACACCCAGAGGGCCAACAAUUAACGGGAAUUUAAAUGAUUAGUUUGUGAUAUGAGAACGAAUUUGGAGAUGUCCGAUCAUGUGGAAAGUGAUAGAAAUAGCAUUGUGAUUAGGAAUGAUCCUAAUGAUGAUUUCAGCUUGAAUUUGUGAUAGUCUGGUAUUAAUUCGGAGGUGUUUUGACUAGGUUCCUGAUCGUUCUGUCAGUUUAGUACGUGAAUUGAGUGCUUGGUUUUGCGAGUGAGGUAAGUAAAUUUAUGGUAAUUCCCGUACUGUUUUAAAAGCAUGUUUUGAUUUGUUUUUGAAGUGGUGGCGAGACUAAACCCGUUUUACACAAGUAUGACUGAUUUGAAGUGAAAUGUUUUGUGCUUUUCAUGAAAUUGAGCGUGCCUACUUGAAAUUUAAGUGACUGUCCUGAUGAUCUAAAAGUGAUUGUGAAUCGUGAUUUUCCUGUUAACUUCUGCCUGUUUUGUCUCCGAUGUGGUCAUGUUAUUCAUGACCCCGCUAGUAGGGGAGGUUACAAACGCUAGCACAUGUCGACAUGUUAGUGAAAGAGCCGGUUCGUUCAACCCAGCUAGUGGGCGUUAUACACCAGCAAAUCGUGGCCCUGCUAGUGGGGAUUAUACACUAGCCGUGACCUAUAGAGGAGACGUCUAUUUCGUUCUCGUACUAUAUCCGUUUUGCGUGAUUGCACAUGUGGCAUGCUUUAAGUUUAAAUAAGGGGCACUCCAUAUUUACUUACUGAGUUUAUCUCAUAGUUUUCCUUGUCCACCAUUUCAGGAUGUGAAAUCGAGAACGGGGAAACCACGGGAAGUGACGAGUUAGAAAGCUAGCCAUUUCGAGAUUGAUAUAGAUUUUUAGAUAUGAAUCAUGAUCUUGUAUUUGGAGAUUUUAUGAUAUCAGAGUAAAUUUUAAAAAUUUGA